CAUAUUAACAUUGAAUUCAUUUUCUUGUUAGAUUCUCCCUGGUUUUCUCGCCAGCCAAACGGAGUCAACGGCACAGUGCCCUAACAUAAAACCAGACCCAAGUGCAACAAGAGAGGAGAGAAGUGGUACAGACCUUCUUCUAUGGAGUUCAGACCUCGAAACUACACUGCCGAAGAAGCGACCUACUCGCUCCCUCGCUCACACGCCGACACUCAUCCUCUUUCCACUCCAUCUCCAUCACAUCACCAGGUUGAUGUUGUGGAUCACGAGAAGGAUGAUUUUUAUGAUCCGCUAAGGGGUUCAGAUGCUAAUGGAAAGUUCUCUAUCGACAAUUUACAAGAUGAAGAGAAUAGUUCUGCUGUGAGUAAAGCUGAUGUUGGACUCCCAGAGAAAGAAUGGAUCUCUUUCAAGAAAUUAUUAAUGCAGAGAUUUUCUGGCCCAAAAAUGGUUUCAAUUUCUAAAAUGUCCGAUGUAAUAGUGAAAAGUGGCAAGGUACAUGAGAAAACAUCAACUACUAUGCCUUUAGAGGAACUGGAUGAUCCACAAAAGUUUGCUGAAGAUGGCAUCAAGGUUAUCAGCCAGCAGGAGUAUGUCUCGUGUUUACAUGAACUCAAAGAUGAGAUUGCUCGUGCUUGGCAGGCUGAUGAUCGUGUAACAUCAUUGAAGGUGUCAAUCAAAGUUGCUAGGCUUCUGACAGACACAUCUGUGCUACAAUUUUAUCCCACAUUGUUUGUUCUAGCUACAGAUGUAAUGGACAUGCUUGGCAAUAUGGUAUGGCAACGCAUCAAGCAGAAAGCUGAAUUUGCUGAAGAUGGAAAUGUAAUCCGCUCUUUACCAGAGAAUUUUGAUGAAAAGUAUAUAUGCCUUGAUGCCAAAGAAACCUGCAGUAACUGGUUCUUCAAAAUUGGUUCUAUCCGCGAGCUUCUUCCACGCAUUUAUUUGGAGCUGGCAAUAUUGCCUUGCUGGCGUUUUCUGCUUAACCGCCCCAUGGAUGUUCUUGAGCGAUUGGUUAUGAUGACAAGAGGGAUUGCAGAUCCAUUGGCAUCUGCUUAUUGCCGUUUAUAUCUGGCUCAUUGUGCGCAAAAAUUAUCUCAACACAACACAAGAUAUUUGAUCGUUUGCAUUAGUGACAUGGAAAUUCUAUUGACGCGGUUUCUAUCAGAAAAAGAAGCCACACAUGAAAAAUUUUCAGAAAAUUGCAGGUCGCUUGUCAGUUUGACAGAACCAGCAAUCGAAUAUAUUAUUAAAUGCAUAAUUAAGGAGUCAUAUCAGACACGAGCUGAUGAAGUACUGAUGGACCUUGGACUGGGGAGGAAACAACCAUGUGUCUCAAUUAUUCUCCAUCAUCUACUCAAGGAGCUACCUUCUGAACUGGUCGGUUCUAAUGCCUUGGAGAUUCUUCAACUCAUUGAAUGCAGCAAGGAUUAUUCCUUUGAUCAGUGUUUAAAUUACAGGUUGCUUGGCUUCAGGCUUUCUGAAAGAUCUCAACUGGACAUAAUCAAUGCAGUAGUAGAUAAAAUUAUUCAGGUUGUGUCUGCAUACAGUAACCUUGAUGAGUACUUGAAGGUUAUCGAUGCUUAUGUGGAUAUUGUUCUUCAGAAUCAGAUGGAUAAUCAUUUGCAUGUUAUAUUGGAUGGUAUUGCAAAGCGAGCAUGUAAUGAAGGGAUUGCUGAAAUUGAAUUGACCAGCUUGCAAUCAAUUUUUUUAAAGCUUCUUGCUCAUUUCAACAACUUAGAAGACAUAUUUUCCCUGACCCAUUUCAUUGAGAUCUUAGAUAUGAUGCAUGGGAGCUCAAGAAGCAUGGUCAAUAUGCACAUUCUUAAUAUAGCGACAAGGAAUAGAUGCAUUUGUGAUCCUACAAUCAUACAGUUUAUUUUUGAAGUUUCUCAGUCUCUGCACGAUGGUAUAGAUUACUCAAAUAUGAGAGAUGAUGAUAAUCAACAACGUGCUCGCUUGAUAUCUCGUUUUGUAAAUAUGGUUGACUAUGGGAUGGAGGUGGAACGCCAAUUGGCAUUUUUAGUUGAAUGCCGUGGAGCUUUUCGUAGCAUAAACGAACUUAAGGAAACUCUUGUUCACUCCAGCAAUUGCUUAGCGGUUAAAGCAAUGAAAGAUGGACAAAAACAUCUUAGUUUUGUCAAAUCUUGUAUAGCGUAUAGUGAAGUUACAAUCCCUUCUGUUCCAUCUCGUGUUAGGCAGUUUAUUCUUUAUCUUGAAACUGCAGAGAUUGCUCUAUUGGGUGGCUUAGUUUCUCAUUCAGAUGGACUUCUAGAUUCAGCAAUUAUCUGUCUGCAAACUUUGGAUCUGAUGGAUGGUUCGCGAUUACCAAAUGAGGUUGAUGGGAUCCUCUCCUUGAUACGAAAGUUGUGCAGCCUCCUGGUUUUGGUUCCAGGUAAUCCUGAACGAGGAGUCACUUAUAUUCCAAGGUGCAUGUUGACACUUAUUAAUUCCCAAUCGUGGAUGACGUCAAGAAUGAGGACAAUGGUGUUAUGUGCAAUUGUCUCUUUGGCAGCAACCCUAUCUCAAUUUAAGCUCCCAUACCAUGCAAACCAUGUAGAGAUGCUGGGCAAUGAUCAUUUGUUCUUUGGUGAUCCAACAUAUUUGCAAGAGUUUCUGUCAUUGUCUGCUCUUAUUCUUCAGAACCUUGUCGAUUUUAUUAUGCAGGAGCCUUCCCGGGUUGCUCGUGGAAGCAUGGCGCUUGAAGCUUGCAACUGUAUAGCAUCAUCUUUCAAUCCAAGUCAUGAAGUGUUGCCGUUCUUCUCGAAGCUGAUGGAAACUGCCAAGUCAUGUUUGAGCUCCAAUGACAAAUAUUUGCAUUCGACCAUAAAAUGCAAUGCCAAAUUCUUGCAGACAAGCACUUAGAGGAGUUAGAAGAAUGUGAAGUUGGUGGGCAGCUUGAGAUUAUGUUCAUUGUUGCAUGCUCUAAUAAUUUUAGUAUUCCAUUGUAAAUUUGAAACAUUCACAAAACUUAAAGAGAAACCAAAC